GGCACUGCAGAUUGGAUUAGGAGUUGCUGUGUCCAAAGGUGCCUGCUUUUCCGAACGCGUCCCGCUUCCCGCGCACCUGAACUCACCUGGUGAAUACUAGUGCGGUGAGAUACGAGGUUGGGGUAAUGGUGAUGGCUUCAAGGUGCUGUUCCACGGUUUCAAGCCCAAGACUUGUGGCUCUUCCUGCCCUCCCCACAAGGCCGCGCGUCCUCUCAGAGGGUCACCUGUUGCCCCGUCAGCGCCAGUCCCUUAUUAGGUGUACUAUGCAGCCUCAAAGCGGGCAAUGUGCAGCAUUGCCUGCUUCGAGGAAACGGUCACGCUCAUCCGUGAUUGCCCUCAUCAGUGAGGCCGUAUCAAUAAACGCUGCUGUGCAAAGAUUUGAGACCCUGGCAGGCCGAUCGGCUAUGGUGGGGUUUGUGAUCGCCCUGCUGGCUGAGUUUUCAGUGCCACCUGAGGGAUUGUUUGGCGCCUGGGACAACCAUUCUUUGAGCGUCUUUGGAGCCAGCUCACUCCUGAUGAUCUCGGUUGCAGCGGUGCUGGCCUCUAUGAGCACAAGGAGGAUGGGGCAGAAGCUGCAGAGCUCGGUGCUCACAUCCCUCACUGCCCUGUCGAGCGCCAAGGACGGCCUGGACAAAAAUGUGGACCUCAUCUUUGAGGACGUUUUUGGCCGCGACUUCCUGCGGGAAAUUGUCAACCUCGACUUUGAUGACUUCCUGUGAAGACAGCCAGUCGCAAUACGAAGGAAGUAGAUUUGCAGCUCAUUU